AUGUGCAAAUGGGACGUUUUCCAGUUCAAGUGCGACUGCGUAACAGUGCUGCUCAAAGAACACUGCCAUCAACACCGUCUCAAGCAGACCGCCGACUGCAACGCGAUCCAGCAGCUCCGAGAAGAAUGGGUAUAUCCCCAGGAUGGAGUAUGCAAGGACUGCGUGGGGAGAGAAGUGCAGUGUGCCAAUGGGCCAUUCCUCAAGUGGCCGGAUAUUCACAAGAGGAUUUAUGAUGAGGCAAAGUCCCUGGCUAAUAUGGGCCGGUUUCCUCAAGAGCUGUGA